UUACAUUUCCUGGAUAUGAAAUAAGGAGGAGCUCUUGGCUAGUGUAAUUCUAUCAGCACUGCUUCAGCAGAUGGCUUUGCAGUUGCAGUUAUCAUCACAGCACAGAAGUCCUUCCACCAAGGAAUCUGCUGAAACUUCUCACUCACUUCUGGAAAGUUAUGGUGCAAGUGUUCCAUUGAUUCCCUGGAAAUCUUUGCUUGUCGCUCAGCAUGGCAAAAAACCUCACAAGCAGACUGCUCCUCCACCAGCUGUUCAGUAAGCUGCAAGCUCCUGCAAGGAUCUGUACCUGGAGAAGACUUGGGGCCAGAUCCUGUGUCUCCUACCAAAAGCAGAAGGUCCAACCAGCUCAGCAUGUCCUUGGACCUCAAUGGGAUGUUCAUUCCUACAUGCCAGAGGCAACCGCCUUACCCAAUGUGCAUACCUACCAGGACCUGGUGCAGUUUUCUUUGGAGGAUCCUGAGACAUUUUGGGGGGUCCUGGCCAGGGAGAGGCUGAUUUGGGUAAAGCCACAUCAGACAGUUAAGGACUGUGACUUCACUCAAGGCCGGGUGAGAUGGUUCCUUGGUGGCCAGUUAAAUGUAUCUGUGAAUUGCCUAGACAAGCAUGUCCAUCAGUGUCCAGACAGAGUUGCAUUAAUCUGGGAAAGGGAUGAACCAGGCACCCAAGUAUACAUCACAUACAGAGAGCUUCUUGAUACCACGUGCCGAAUAGCCAACACGUUGAAGAAGCAUGGCAUACAGAGGGGAGAUAGAGUGGCCAUUUACAUGCCCGUGUCACCUCUUGCUGUGGCCUCCAUGUUAGCCUGUGCCAGGAUCGGUGCCGUACACAAUGUGGUGUUUGCUGGCUUCAGUGCUGAAUCUUUGACAGGAAGAAUCAAUGACGCAAGCUGCAAAGCUGUCAUCACUUUCAACCAGGCUGUGAGGGGUGGAAGAGUAAUAGAACUCAAGAAGACUGUGGAUGAAGCUGUGAAGAGCUGCCCUUCAAUCAAACAAGUUUUUGUCGCUCAGAGGACUGAGAACAAAGUCCACAUGGGUAAUCUUGACAUACCUCUUGAAGAAGAGAUGGCUAGAGCAGAUCCCAUCUGUCCUCCAGAAACCAUGAACAGCGAAGACAUGCUAUUCAUGCUGUACACCUCAGGUAGUACAGGAAAGCCGAAGGGCAUUGUACACACACAGGCCGGCUACCUUCUCUAUGCUUCCCUGACACAGAAGUACGUAUUUGAUUACAAUCAAGGAGACGUGUUUGGCUGUGUAGCAGACAUUGGCUGGAUAACUGGACAUAGCUAUGUUGUGUAUGGACCCCUUUGCAAUGGAGCCACCAGUGUGCUGUUUGAGAGCACUCCAGUUUAUCCAGAUCCAGGGCGGUACUGGGAGACGGUGGAAAGGUUGAAGAUUAAUCAGUUUUAUGCAGCGCCAACAGCAAUACGUCUGCUGCUGAAAUAUGGAGAUGAGUGGGUGAAGAAAUAUAAAAGGUCAUCUUUGAAAAUGUUGGGCUCAGUGGGUGAGCCAAUAAACCAUGAAGCGUGGGAAUGGUUUUAUAAUGUGGUUGGGGAGAGAAAAUGCACCCUCGUGGACACAUGGUGGCAGACAGAGACUGGUGGAAUCUGCAUCUCCCCUCGUCCCUCUGAACAAGAAGCUGAGGUUCUCCCUGGUAUGGCUAUGAGGCCUUUCUUUGGCAUAAAACCCACGCUUCUAAAUGAACAAGGUAAGGUCAUUGAAGGUGGUGAUGUUUCUGGUGCUCUGUGUAUCGCACAGCCAUGGCCUGGCAUGGCAAGAACCAUCUAUGGAGAUCAUCAGAGAUUUGUGGAUGCUUACUUCAAGCCAUUUCCUGGCUACUACUCUACUGGGGAUGGAGCUUACAGGUCAAAUGAAGGGUAUUAUCAGAUAACAGGGCGAAUGGAUGAUGUGAUAAAUAUCAGUGGGCAUCGGUUGGGCACGGCAGAAAUUGAAGAUGCAAUGGAUGAGCAUCCCGAUGUUCCAGAGACAGCUGUUAUUGGUUUUCCACAUGACAUUAAGGGAGAAGCUGCAUUUGCCUUUGUUGUAUUAAAAGAUGAUGUAAAAGAGACAGAUAAAGAAAUUAAAGAGGAUCUUAAAGCAAUAGUCGCCACAAAAAUAGCAAAAUAUGCCGUUCCUGACCAUAUUAUGAUGGUGAAACGCCUUCCCAAAACUCGCUCAGGUAAAAUCAUGCGCCGAGUACUGAGGAAAAUCGCCACGGGCAACAUUGAGGAUCUUGGAGAUAUAACCACCCUAGAGGAUCCAGCCAUUAUUACAGAAAUACUGGAAGCAUAUCACAAAUACCAAUCAGAACAGACACCCAAAUAACUAAGAGACCCCUCUUUAAUGCAGCUAAAUGACAGCGAAACCAUUUGCUAACAUUUACCAUUGGAGAACACUGCAAUGCUAAGCAUAGAACAACCAUUAACUAAUAAAUGAACUUAUUUGAUGUACAUUUAAAUAACUGAUCA